GCAGUUGUUAUACUUGCUGAACAUCCGUGCACGUAACAUAACGCAACAUAGCUGAAGUCAAUAUGAGAAAAAUGUCGAUUUGCAGUGUUGCUGUCACACAUUUCAGCGUGUCGGCUUGCUUCAGUCUCUGAGUCAGUUACAGUUACCAUUUCUCUAACAGCGAAGUCGGUAUCUUUGGUCUUUUCCAGUUUCAUUUUGGGUGAUGCGCCAAGUAAAAACAGUACAGGAUCCAUUGGGAUAGCAAUUUUAAUAAUUUUUCCAAUGUUCUUUUUAAUGUUUUACCAAAGUCCCUGCAAUAGUGAACAGUCCCAGAAGAUAUGCAAUUGAUCUCCAAUCAUCCCACAUUUCCUCAGCCACUGAGCUGUUGGUGAGCCUUUGGAAACCGCUCAAGAGGUGAUAAGAAACUGAUUUGGUUUUGAUUUUGUUGGUGGUUAAUCACUCACCAGCUGAGUUACUGCGUGACUGUUCAAACAGCUGCCUCAGUCCUCAGCGACUCUGGUUUAAAAGUCGAAUCUGUAGAACGCUGCAGUCACGUGGUUUCAUGCCGUGUUUUUUAGUACUUCAUAAUGGAUUGUGGUCAUAAAGAUGCAGUUCAUAAUGAUCUUAGAAUCAAGUUGCUGAAGCCUGCAGAAACUGAUUUUAUAGCUAGUGAGAAAAUAAUUAGUAGUUUAAUGAAAAUAACUACUAUCUGCGGUCUUAGUCAUUUUUUGCACAAAACACAAAGUGGGUGUGUGUGUGUGUUCAUUCAGAUGUUGUCAGGUGAGAGAGGAGUCCACAGAUCCAAACGCUUUGCUCUCAUAUGUCAGCGUAACCCCUGACAACAGACAACACAAGUUUGUUAUUGUUUCGAUUUCCUUUCCAAACUCGCUUCCUGGUUUUUACACCACAGAUCCCCUCACAGACCGGAUUACAACACACACACGCUCUGUCAAACAGAGUAUCUUUGAAGCUCUGUUAUCUGAAAGGACCCAGGUGUACUGGUCUCCACGGCAACAGGGAGUGAGUCACUGUGCGAGAGGCAAAGAAACAAAUGACAGAGAGAGAGAGAGAGGGCCAGCUGUGUCUCUGUUUGUCCAUCAGCCACAAUUAGGGAGGCUCGAAAGCCGCCAUGUCGGACGCCGUCCAGCUGUCGUCGCAGUCGCAGGUCCAUGUCACCCAGCUGUUCGAGGAGAACACCAACAAGCGUCCGGUCCUCACCUCCCAGCCUAAUGGCCUUGCUCCGCUUGGCUCCACCCGGCAGGGGGUGCCGCCACCAGACCGCCAGACCUCGACUUCAGAACCCGCCCACCACUGCCGACAGGGCAGCGCCGCCUCCAACAAGUCAACAGACAGCAAGCCAAAGCCCACCCCCAUGUCCCCAGAGCAGGCCAUGAAGCAGCUCAUGUCCAAAAUGUCGGCGUUCGAACACCACGAGGUGUUCAGCUACCCUGAAGUGUAUUUUGUUGGUCCGAAUGCCAAGAAGAGGUCGGGGGUCAUGGGUGGAGCCAACAACGGCGGCUAUGACGACGAUCAGGGAUCCUACAUCCAUGUUCCACACGACCACAUCUCCUACCGCUACGAAGUCCUGAAGGUCAUCGGCAAGGGCAGCUUUGGACAGGUGGUGAAGGCCUUCGACCACAAGGCUCAGACUCACGUGGCUCUGAAGAUGGUCCGCAACGAGAAGCGCUUCCACCGACAGGCGGCGGAGGAAAUCCGCAUCCUGGAGCACCUGAGGAAGCAGGACAAGGACUCGAGCAUGAACGUCAUCCACAUGCUGGAGAACUUCACCUUCCGGAACCACAUCUGCAUGACCUUCGAGCUGCUCAGCAUGAACCUGUACGAGCUCAUCAAGAAGAACAAGUUCCAGGGCUUCAGCCUCCCGCUGGUCAGGAAGUUCGCCCACUCCAUCCUGCAGUGUCUGGACUCACUACACAAGAACCGCAUCAUCCACUGCGACCUCAAGCCAGAGAACAUUUUACUCAAACAGCAGGGACGCAGCGGCAUCAAGGUCAUAGACUUUGGUUCAAGCUGUUACGAGCACCAGAGAGUUUACACCUACAUCCAGUCCAGGUUCUACCGAGCGCCCGAGGUCAUUCUAGGCUCCAGGUAUGGGAUGCCUAUCGACAUGUGGUCUCUGGGCUGCAUCCUGGCUGAGCUGCUGACUGGUUACCCGCUUUUGCCAGGUGAAGAUGAGGCUGACCAGCUCGCCUGCAUCAUUGAACUACUGGGCAUGCCCAGCCAGAAGCUCCUCGACGCCUCCAAGAGAGCCAAAAACUUUGUGUCGUCCAAAGGAUACCCGCGGUACUGCACUGUUACCACGCUGCCCGACGGCACCACUGUGCUGAAUGGUGGCCGCUCACGACGAGGGAAGGUACGUGGUCCUCCAGGCAGCAAGGACUGGAGCGCCGCACUGAAAGGCUGCGAUGACCCGCUGUUCCUGGAUUUCCUCAAGCAGUGUUUGGAGUGGGAUCCAGCUCUCAGGAUGACACCAAGCCAGGCACUCCGCCACCCGUGGCUGAGGAGACGACUUCCCAAGCCGCCAGCAGGAACCACCACCGGGGAAAAGACCUCCUCCUCCAAACGAGGUACCACCACCACGGACGGUGCCAUCACUUCCAUCUCCAAGCUCGCGACCACCUCCUCGACCACCACGUCCUCCUCCUCCAAAACAAGGACUAACUUGGCAGCGAUCACUGAUGCCAAUGGAAACAUCCAGCCUAGGACGGUUCUGCCUAAGCUGGUCAGCUGAGAGGAAAUGCACCCCACUCGCUGUGGUGGGAUUUGGAAGCUGUGCUCACGGGCGUCCGUGAUCAACCAGCUGGAACUGAAUAAAACUGGUUUGUCCAGUUUUGAGGGCGUUUGGUUUUUUUCACGCUGGUUUUCACAGCGUUGUUGGAGUGCGUUCAGAACUAAUAUGGUCACGGAAACUCAGCGCUGAGGUGUUAAUAGCCAGGCUGGGAUGGAAGCUGAGCUGGAGGAAACUUGGUUGAUAAAUUGGGGUGCGUUCAAACUCCUCAAAUUCUCAGUCCUGUCUGAAAAAAAAGAAUAGUUGUUUUAUGUUGUGAGCAGCAAGACAGGAAGUGACCACAUGUUUGAAAUGAUUGUGGGGCUGCUCAGACAAUCAGAACACACCACUCUGUAGCUCCAAACACACAAACACAGAAACAUGGUGCUGAUGCAGGGAACAAGGCUUUUUUUAAGAUUUUAGCACAGAACCUAUAUAGCUGAGCUGAUAGUGGAUUUAUUGAUUAGACACCAAAACAACUUCGUUUGAACUUAGUCUUAGCAGGUUAUAUCAACAGACAUUUCAAUGGUGAACAAUCAUGUAUGAGUUUCAUGUGGUUUGCAGGCAAAUAAAUCAGAUAUAUCCUUAUAAUUCUAAGGUAGAAACUAGAAAAAAAGCGGCGAUUAGCUUGCUCAUAUUUUCUCUUUAUAUCAAGCAUUAAUCAUAAUAUAUGACUAAAAUGACAACAGUUCAUCAAAACAAAAUCCUAGCAACCCAAACUGAAUCAUCUACCUGUUAUGUGGCUAACUUCUGUAGCUAACUGCUGUUUUACAGUGUAUAGCUAGCCUGUAUUACUAUGCUAGCUUUGUGCCUGAUGGCUGGCUAACUGUUAACUGGCUAAUUACCACUGGUUAGUUGUUAGCUGUUAGACUGCUAUUUGUUUGUGUUUAGCUGUAACUUUGCCACCUUUUUCCCUUUUAACUGGCUAACAGUUAGCCUAGCAAACAUUUAUAUCAGUCUACUAGCUGAAGCUGCCUCAUUAUUUGCCUUUUUUGGCAGUCUGGUGGCUAGCCUUAGCCUUUUUUAGCCAUAGCCUGUUAGCUCUCAACUGCCCGGCCUUAUGAAGCACAGACCUAGAGUUUAGAGUUAAGAUUUAGAGUUUUUGAUUUUCUGAAGCUUAGCAUUAACAGAAGAGAGUUAAAGGGUAAAGAAUGAGAAAAGAAGUAUGUUUGUGUUGCACCAUUUCGUUCUGUUUGUUAAGAGAAUAAGUGCUAGCAAAGUGGGGCUGUGAAGAUAGAGAAGAAGGUAAAGUAAAGGCAGUUUUAUGGACAACUUACAAAUCAUUUAAAAGACAAAGGGCUUUUAUAACGGAAAUGUUGGAAACCAAAUUGAAACGGAAAAUUAAGCUGCGGCUGCUAUCAUGGGACAAACUGUUGCCUGGAUAAAGUAACAACUUGCUCAUUGUCUGAAUCAUUACAGACUACAUCUGAUUUUUCAGAAUAGAAAUAUUUAAGAAUUAGUCAAUCAGUAAAUAUCAGUUAUUGUCAAGUUAAAUUCAUUUAUACUGUGCUGAUGAAAUUCCGGACUUAAAAGACUUCUUGCCGCACAGAAACCACAUGACACUAAAAUAUCUUCCAUAAUGUCACAGCAUACAGCAGUGUUAGUUAAGAUGGCUGAAAAAUCACUCAACAUAGCACAGACCUGACUGUCUUUUCCCUCUGGCUGGAAGGGUUGAAUCAAUUAAAACAGUAUGGAGUCUGUGUGCCCGAACAAUGAAGACACUUUAUGGCAGUUCUUAAACUUCCAUGUAACUCGAGCUCAGCAGCAGCAGUAGCCUGAAAGUACUUUAUAUGAAGGCCCAGUGCAAUGAAAUGGGAGCGUUCAGUCAUAUCUUGGGAAUACAGACACUGACUUGUUACCAAGUAGUUAACAAUUGCAUGUAGCUGUUGACCAUGAAAGAUUUACAUUUGUGCUCCAGCUGAACACAUUGUCAAGUCUAAGAGUGAAGAUUCAGAUGAGAAAACCUUAACAAACCUUAACAAACGUUAUUGAAUUCACUUCAGCCCACUCUGAAGCUAACAUGAUGUUAGCGUGUGAUUGAACGUGACGCUGUGACAUGGCAGCAAGUUUUAAUUCAGGGUUUAGAUGCUAAACAUAUCCACAAAAACAACAAUAAUCAGUCAUAAUAUUAUUAAAAAGAGCUCCAGUCACAUCAGCAUGUGUUGCAGUCAGUUGUGAUAACAGGUGUGCUGCAUAAAUGAUUUCCUUGUUGUCGCUCAGUAACAGCUUUCCAUCCAAAUUUAAUAGAAAUUUUAACCAAACAAAAGAAAACACGAUGGGAAUAUGACGUUUCUUCACUCUACAUCGUGAUUUAUUAGUUAAGUCUGAACUUUGGAAUCUGAGCUUUGCUGCAUUCUGUUUUUCGUUUGUAAUAUUACAGCUUUUCCUUUUUAAUUUCUUGCGUUCACACUCAGGUUCUUUUUAUGUGUAAAUUGAAAAUGCACAUAAAAACAAGUGGAUGGAGACUUACUUGUGGUUUGCUUUGGUUGUUUACCACAGUUGGACGCUAUGCGGAUUAGAUGAAUUCAGAGGGGAAAGGCUGAACUGGAUUUGCCAGUUUACCAGUAUGUCCUUUAUCACCCACUCCUGCUGCUGCCUGUUAUCUCAGCAUCAUGUGAAGGAUUCACACUUCCUGGUCUGACUGGGCCCUGAUGCUAUCAGAGAGCAACACAACAGCGAGUAUGAGAUGAAAUAAACAGACCUAGAACAUAAAAAUAGCUAGUUACAAAAAUGUGUGGACAAGCAUUAACUGAUUAGUCUGAACUGACUAGCAAUAUAUUGAUCAAAGGUCAGUAUUGGUAGAUCUAUCAAUUUGAUCGUGUGGGGAGGGGAGGGGUGUUUGAAGAUGCUUCUUAUGCUUCUUAUUUAUUUAAUACAAUUUAAUUACUAUUUAUUAAUCUAAUCUACAUAUUUACUAUGAUGUGCAGUUCAUACCAUAUACUUGAAUGUGUGUGUGUGUGUGUGCGUGCGUGCGUGCACGUGCAUUGUAUGCGUGUGUUGUGUGGCUGUGUGUAUGUGCAUUGCUGACGUCGCGAGAGGUUUUCUUAAAGCUUGUUCCCUCACACAAACACACAGAUAUAUUUAUAAACAGACAACUGUUUCCGAACGCACUCUGCAGUUUGUUGAGUCACACUUGAGCGAGGAGGAGGAGGAGGAGGAGGAUGAAGAGGAGGUCAUGUGCUCUGUCGGCCUGGCAACCACGAUGUUAUGUAGCACACCGGGAAGUGGACAACAAUUAUGUGAUGCUCAGAAGGAACUGAUAAUGUAAAACACACAGACACUACCUGCUCCGGCCAUCUCAGGGGAAGCCCCGCCCCCUCCUGGACAGAAAACAGGAAGUAAAUGAAGGAGGAGCAAGGGGUGGGGGAGUCCUCUUUGAUGUUUUUUGUUUGUUUGUUUUCUAAAAAUUUGGUUGGUUGAUUGUAUUUUUUAAUUUUUUAAUUUUUUUAGUGAGACGAGUGCUGAGUCGUAACUUUGUGCCUUCGGUAUCUCAUCGCCAUGCCACACCCACCCAACACACACACAUGCACACACACGCACACACACACUCUUUCAGUGGUGAUGCCAUGGCAACAAUCUCUAAUAUAUAACAAAAUCUCAGUUUUCAGAAAAUCCUACAGGAUUGCAGCUCACAGUGAUGUCAUACAGACUCAGGUGAGUUUUAGCAGCCAAAGCCUGCAUGCUGAUUGGCUCCUGGUUUGUUUCAGCCAAGCCCAAAGACACCAUGUCGACCUGGUGACCUCUUUCCACAUCCCUCAUCAUCUUAGAUAAUUACCUAAAAGUUUAAAACUGAAUUUGAGCAUGUUCACAAAAGAGCAUUCGGGGAACCGAACAAAGAAAUUGUUCAAAUGUUCUGUGCCAACAUUUGUUUCUGUUGACAAAAUGUGAAGAAACAAAUGGCCAUGGUAUGAACUGGAUAAUCCAGCUCAGAUCUGGAUCCUGUCAGUAUGCAAAAGUACAUCAUAAAAAUGAGAGGCUAGUACAGGCGUGUGCGGUUCUCUACUGCACCUUUAUUAGUUGGAGGCUGGAUACUUGAUGCUCAAUUGAAGCUGCUAAAUGGCGUGUUCUAUGGAAGCCCAUUUGUGAGAAAAAGAAAAUUGAAAAUAAAAUGUUGAAAUUUGAUUCAAUAUUUUAAAUCAGGUUUUAAGUUAAUUUUAAGUCCCAUUUUUGUGUUGUGUAGUUUUCAUUAUCAUUUUGACUUUAAAUGUCAAUCACUAACUUAUCACGUAUACUCUUACCGUUUGAAACUUCAAUUGUGUUCACUUAAAGGAGGUCAAGACUUUAUACUUAAAAAGUGAAAAUAUUGACUUUUGUUUGUCUGUUUAUUUUGUUUGUUUGUUUUAUUUGUAGAAAUGGGCUUCCGUAAUGUUUACAGAGCCAGGAGAGCAGGCCAAUGCACCAACCACAGAUUGUAGCUUUAAAGUGAUUAACACUGACAUUUUCGAGUGUGUGUGUGUGUGUGUGUGUUGGGGUGUGGGAGUGUUGUGUAACAUGGCUGCACAAUGUACAGACACAUAUCAGCCAACUGUCGCCACUUGUCGUCUCAGGACAGCCGGGCGACACCUGCUGACGACAGGGCUAAGCUAACACUAGCCGAUCAACCGCUAGCGUCCAGCCGCUAGCUGCUGCACUGAUAUUUUCUCUACAGUGAAGCUAACACUAGCCUACUGCUAACUGACUGCUAGUAGCACCUAGCAAAAUUUGUACCUGCUAGCUGCAGUUGUGCUGAGCUCCUGAUGGAGGUGCUCAUGCAAGCUGUUAGCAUUAGAAUAAGUGUGGUUUUAAAGAGUUCAUUUUUCACGUUGGUACCUCAGACUGCUCAGUUGUCAUCAUUAUUAUGAAUAUUACUGUUGUCAUUGUUGUUACUAACACCCAGGGCAUUUGGUUGAAUCUACCAAAGUGCAUUCCUUUACAAAGCUAGCUGAGCGCCAGCCGCUCAAACAGACAGGUGGAUAGAAGGUAGGACAGAAGGCUAAAAGCAAGUGAACAGAAAGGUAACCAGAAGAAAAGCAGCAGCUGCCUUUCAGACAAUAAUGAAUAGUGAAGAAGAACAUGAUAAUGAUUUGUUUUUGUUUUUUGUUUUUUAAACCAGGAACAUGAAGUCUGGUUUAAUUGACCUCUGGGUAGCAUUCAGAAAAGAAAAAAAAAAAAACACUUUUUUUUUUUCCUGCUUGUGUGAAAGCAGCUGUAGCCUAACUAGCCUGCUAGCUCGUUACCAUGCUAGCCAGUUAGCCAUUUAGCUUCUGUCAGGAGGACUCUGCAGCCAGCUAGGCGCUGUUAGCGUGAAGCUGUGCUGUAUUUCUGUGACAUUUGCCAGCUGGGUUUUAUUGUGGAUUUUAUCUGUAAAUAACGUGGAAAAUUAUGAAUUUUGGGGGGUUGAAUGCGCUGCUGUGCCACGCCGCGGCCAGUUUUACACAAUGUACUGUAUCUACUGUACAGAACACAGAAGUCGACACUUUUUCUAGUGAGCCUUUGUUAAAUUUUAUUGUGGUGGAAAUAUUAUAAUUAUUAUUAAUAAAACUGUUUUAUUGUU